GACAGCUUCGGACCAAACCAGUAAAAGUCGUCUUUAUGGAGUUUCAAAAUGACAUUUUCUAAACUGCUGAACGAGAGCAAGAACGAAUUCCCCUCGGACUUUCUCUCUAACAUCAGCAACACCACCUGUGAGGGCAUCACCCUCGACUCUCAAGUCAUCGGUGUCGGAGUCUUUCUGGCCGUUUUCAUUUUGGUGGCGAUCGUCGGAAACAUUUUGGUUAUUCUGUCGGUGCUCUGCAACAAACAUUUGCAGACGGUCACCAACUUCUUUAUUGUGAACCUGGCCAUAGCGGACCUUCUGCUUAGUAUCAUUGUCCUCCCGUUCUCCGCGUCUCUGGAGGUGCUGGGAUGCUGGGUUUUCGGUCGGGUCUUCUGCAACAUCUGGGCAGCGGUGGAUGUGCUCUGUUGCACGGCGUCUAUUUUAAGUUUAUGCAUUAUAUCUAUAGACAGGUACAUCGGGGUAAAAUACUGUCUGAAAUACCCCACUAUCAUGACUGAACGGAAAGCAGGUGUCAUACUCGUUGUGGUCUGGGUUUCCUCAAUGGUGAUUUCCAUCGGACCGCUUUUGGGAUGGAAAGAGCCUCCACCUUCUGACGAGAGCAUCUGCAGCAUCACGGAGGAACCGGGUUAUGCUCUGUUCUCCUCUUUAUUCUCCUUCUACCUCCCGCUCAUGGUGAUUUUAGUCAUGUACACUAGAGUAUACAUCGUGGCCCGCAGGACUACAAAAAGUUUGGAAGCGGGUGUGAAACGGGAGAGAGAUAAAUCAGUGGAAGUGGUGCUGAGGAUACAUUGCAGGAGCAUGCCGGAGGAUUCCAGCUCGAGCUCCAAAACCAAAAAUCACCCGUUCAGAAGUUCACUGUCCGUGAGACUCAUGAAGUUCUCCAGGGAGAAGAAAGCUGCUAAAACCCUCGCCAUCGUCGUGGGGAUGUUUAUUCUUUGUUGGCUACCGUUUUUCUUCGUUUUGCCUUUGGGCUCUUUCUUCCCAGCUCUGAAGCCCUCUGAGAUAGUGUUCAAAGUAAUCUUCUGGUUGGGCUACUUCAACAGUUGCAUUAACCCCGUAAUUUACCCCUGCUCGAGCAAGGAGUUCCAGCGCGCCUUCACCCGUCUGCUGCGCUGCCAGUGCCAGCGGCGCCGCCACAUCCUGCGCCGCUUCUAUGACCAGCGCUGGAGAACAGCCAUGCGAGGAGCCCAGAGGGACCGGCACAGGGACUACUGCUCUGGAUUUCCCUUUCACGAGCAGUGUGGUAACUCUAUCUAUUCCUGUCAGAGCAAGAGCCGGUCUCUUAGUCUGAAGAGCUGGAGCUUCUUCCCCCCUUUACAGAAGUCCUCUGUCCAGCUGAAGGAGAAAAUGAACAACCUUUCCAAUAAGAUUAAGAACGGGACAGGGAAGAGUAGCACGUCUGCUCUGGCCCGGACAGAGAUUGACACGGUCUCCAUGGGGAUCUAUAAUGACAGCGGCGAUCAGAGCGGCUACCAGAUCUACGAUCUCACAGAGUGCUACGGCCUGAAGGAAACAGACAUUUAAACAAAGACAGAGAUUACUAUCUGUUUUCUCUGAGAGCUCUGACCCACUGCCAGUUCUUAGGAAUUGUUUGACUCAAAGACUAGUAUUCUUGUUAUGUCUUAAAGUACACAGUCGUUAGGCAAAUAUGAGUAAAAAAUAACACGGGCAAUGUGUGUUAAAGGAGAUUAAUGUAUUUUCACAUGGAUAAUUUAAAAAUAUUUCUU